AUUCAAUAUGUCGUUUUUAUGGGACUGGUUUAAUGGAGUGCUCAACAUGCUGGGAUUGGCCAACAAAAAGGGAAAAUUGGUAUUUUUGGGACUAGACAACGCUGGAAAGACUACACUGCUUCACAUGCUUAAAGAUGAUCGUAUUGCUCAACACGUUCCCACUCUUCACCCAACAUCUGAGCAAAUGUCACUCGGAGGAAUUUCGUUUACCACAUACGAUCUCGGUGGUCACGCGCAAGCACGACGAGUCUGGAAAGAUUACUUCCCUGCCGUGGACGCCGUCGUCUUCUUGAUCGAUGUGGCCGACGCCGAAAGAAUGCAAGAAAGCCGUGUUGAGCUCGAAUCGCUGCUCCAGGACGAGCAGAUCGCUUCCGUUCCAGUGCUUAUUCUCGGAAACAAGAUUGACAAGCCAGGAGCAUUGAGUGAGGAUCAGCUCAAGUGGCAACUCAACAUUCAACAUAUGUGCACCGGAAAGGGAGACGUUUCCCGCAACGAAAUGGCUUCUCGGCCGAUGGAAGUGUUCAUGUGCUCUGUUCUUCAGCGACAAGGAUACGGAGAAGGAAUCCGUUGGCUUGGACAGUACCUGUAAACAGAUCAGUUCUUGAACUCUUCUUCUUCUGCUCACUCCUUUUUUAUUCCAUUCUCGAAAAAAGCACCAUUCUCUUACAUAUUGCGCCGCCAACAUUUCCCAUAGAUUUGUUGUACGUACUUGUCAUUUUCCUUCGUUUUUUCUUUUGGGAUCCUUGGGAUCCUCAUCAUUAAACUUCUCAUGCCUUCGACGUUUGUGCAUAAAAAAGCAAGCCGCAAUCCCAUUUUAUUUUAUUUAUAAAUUUUGACUUAUACGGACUUGUAAAAAAUUCACGGCGUCCUCAUUGUUUUUCUAUUCUCCACAAAAAUUUAUUCAAACCUUUUCCUCAUCUAUUCCGUAUUUAUCACAUCACUAUCAUUCAAACAUCCCCAUUUUUCUUCUCGUCCCACUUCAUUUCCCCCUCAGAUUUUCUAAUUUUUUAUUUCGGUUAGUUCUAUGUGAAUGAAACAGCUUCGGAAUGUUGCAGUUCGAAGUUUUCCCAGAAA